GUUUCUUCCUACCUUUUUUCCAUGAAGAUCUAAAUCGAUGUUUUUUACGACGCGCAGCGUGAUUGCUCGCGUUAUUGCGUAAACGAAAACGUUUGAGUCAAUGCUUGGUUCGUGAUAAAAAAAAACAGUUGUUUUGUAGGUCACAUGCAUAUGCUACCACUCUGUAGCUGUUUCGGGUUCUUGUUUCUAAUGACAGACUUUUCUUUGUGCACGAAUUCUUGUUGUUCAUGAUCCGACUUGAUUGAACAAUGUAUGUCAGCACUACCAACGAAGACCACUCAAUUUGAUUUUCGCAGAUCAUUUUCAUUUUGAUUUCGAACCUGAACUCCGCACGCGCAUAAUUCAUUGCGACAACUACCAACAUCUGACAGAUAACAAGAGCCAGGAAAAGGAGUACAAAAAAAUGCCACCUCGCAGACGUGGAGGCGGUGGCGGUCGUAAUCGCCAAAAUAACGCGGAUCAGGCAAACGGUGAAGGAGGUGAUGGACACCAAGGUCGAGGAACAGGAAACGCUGCAAAACAGCCGACCGAGCGUCUUCUCGGUUGUCUCCUCGCUCCGGAAGCGCCCAUUUUUACUGCAAGCCAAUCUCGCUCGGAGUACUGGAGCGCGCUUACGAGUUACGAGGCGAAGAACCUCCCCACGAAUGUGGUUCGACGCGCGCACAGGAUCUCCGUCAAUAUCUGGGACGUGUGCGGCCGGAAAAAAACGAAUCGUGGUGGAUAAAUAUCGUGUCGAACCAGAUAUCGAGCGGAUGGGAUUGCGAUUCCUCGGAGACUCAAUAGAGCCAGACGCGACCUACGAUCCAAAACUUUCGCGCGUAUGUGUCGAGGCUGAAUGCAGGGCAGCGCAGAGGAAAAUAUGCGCCAAGAUUCUAGCUUAUGUGAGUAGCAAAUGUCUUGAGAAGGCCAAAACGGGCUUCCCUUUUACGUCUUUCACUGUGAAGAAAGUAUUAGCGGCCGCCAAUGCAAGCUCCCAAUUUGGGCACAUCAAUGAUGAGAAGACAACUUCGGAACAUGACUCGAGUUGGUCCAGACUUUUCGAUUUUCUGCCCAGCUUAAAGCCUACCCUAAAAGGCGCGGGAUAUGCAGUAGGCCGCAGCAGCAAGAGUGUCCACGGUCCUGACUGGGGAAUUCUGAUUACUUUGUGAGAGUACGGAUCGCCGAAGUCUAGCUGAGGAGGUUCUCCGCGUUGGGCGAAGCACUUCUUUAUCCUUGUUGAAAAAUCGAGAAUUCCAAUCCGAGUAGAUUUGCAAUCUACCAUGGGUAAACGCCACUUUUGAAGAAAUAACAACAAGCAGAAAUCAGUGUAAAUUCGCAAGAUAUGUCACAAAAGCAAACGAAUCGCAUUUGUCGAUCGAAGUCCUCGCACAUCAUGAAUGAAGGAAAGUACAUUUCUUUGUUUGAUCCUCGGGCGCAGGGGGGAGAUGUCGUCUCACCUAAUGAGGUGUCUCAUACCCUGAAGCGCAGCAUGGCUGACUGCGUGACGCAACUCAGUGCGGCAUCCGCAGGCGCGGCGUAAUGGUCGAUUAGCCACAAAACAAAAAUGCGUUCGAACUCGACUAACGAAACUAGAAGUAGUAGCAAGAUGCAGCAAAGUGGUAUACCAGAUAUGAUCAUGA